AUGGUAGAUGCCUUGAUCCUUCCAUUGCUGGCCGAAGAAGUGCUCCAUCCUCGACAGCCACUUUUCCCAAUCCGGAGUCGAAGUCGGGCAUUGGGGCUGCGGCCUGGCGACAUUCCAAUCUUGGAAGUCCCCCCCAUCAAAGACCGAGAAGUUCACCAAGUUGUCCCUCAGAUGGAUAGCCAGCCUCUCUGGCAUUCCUCCUUCCAUAGAGGGGCCAAGGACGUAGGAGUCGGUGACAGCACCGUCAUCAUCGGUCCAGGGCGCGAUAAUGUCAGUAAGGACCAGGCCCUGGAUGUCUCGGCAGAUGUCCUGGAAGACUUGGGACAGAGCUUCAGCGGAGGCAGAAGUGCUGGAGGCCAUUAA